AUGCAAGCGGCUACGGUCAUUGAUCAGAUGAACCCGGUUCUAUACCGUAGUAAUACCCAUACUGGUGAAAUACGAGCGGCUAAGGUCAUUGAUCAGAUGAACCGGGAUCUAUACGAAGCAGUAGUGAAAGGCAAUGUUGAAGAUUACCAUAAGGCCUUAGGGCAGAUGCCGGAAGAAGCUCGCCGGCGUCAAGUUACCCCCAAGGGCAAUACUGUACUUCACGUUGCGGCGAUCCAUGGUCACGAAGAUUUGGUGAAAAGGAUCCUUGAAGAUGCAGCCAUGUCGUCCCUGUUGUUUGCAAAGAACAAGAGAAAUGAAAGUGCGCUACACUGUGCAGCAGAGAAGGGGUAUGACGGCAUAGUCUCUGUCAUCAUCAGCGCCACUAAGCAUCAUGGAGAUGUGGAAUCUCCAGGUGGUCGAGUGAAGGAGAUGAUAGAGAUGAAGGAUGAUGUGAAAGACACGGCUUUGCACAAGGCCGUGCGAAUGGGGCAUUUGGAGGUGGCCAGGUUACUGAUUCAAAAGGAUCCUGAAUUUGAGUACCUUGCCAACGAUGACGGAGAGACGCCCAUUUACAUAGCAUCAGAGUUGCAAUUCCAUGACUGCUUGGUGGAAAUGCUUAGUGAAUGUAAAAACCCUACUUAUGGUGGGCCAUUGGGUAGAAAUGCUCUCCAUGGAGCUAUAUUAUCAGGUUUUGGCUACAGUAAAAUAUCUAACUUAAUCCAAACUGUAGCUUUUCCCUACACUAAUGGAGAGUUUGCCACAGAAUGCACCCAUACACUGUUGGAGUUGGAAUUGGAAAAGAAGAUCGGUUUGUGUGAGAAAACUGAUAUGUUUGGUUGGGCACCACUACACUAUGCUAUAAAAAUUGAGAAUGAUAAAGCUGUUCGUAUGAUACUUGAGAAAAAGGCAUCUGCAGCUUACAUUUGUGCGGGGGACAGUGAUGAGUGGACAACAACAUUCCACAUAGCAGCAAGACAUGACAAAGUUGAAAUGAUGAAGGAGAUAUCAAAGUGGUGCCCAGAUUGCUGGGAGAUGGUGAAUAGCAAAGGGCAGAAUGUAUUACAUGAAGCAAUACUCAGUAACAAAUUGAAUGUGAUACGACAUAUAGAAGAAAACUCCGAUCAAUUUGAAAACCUUAGCGUCCUAUGCUGA